AUGUACGGCAAAGCCAAGCGUUUUAGACAUGCAGUGAAGGCUAUGAAGGUUGAGCGCAUAGUUGAGAUUCAUCGUCUUAAAGAUGAAGCCGAGCUUGAGAAGGCGAUGGCCCAAGUCAUGAAGGCUGAACAUGAGAUGUCUCAAGCCGAACGUACGAGGCUACUAUCCGAAGCCAAUAAUCACCGGCAGGCUAAUGAAAGCGUAAAGACUGAUCAUGCGAAUGGGAUGAGGCGCCUCAAAGACAAAGCCGAACUUGGCUCCGUGUAUGUUGACGAUGCUUCGAAACAUGAACUGUCUCCAUCCUCUGCACAGCUGCAGCAUGAGGUCGGCGAAGUCGCCUCAGAGAUCGUUCAGAGGAGAUCAAGAGACGCUUCAUGGUUUCAAGGACAAAUGCUUGUGCUGGAGGCUUUGGAGAUGAUCAACAGAAUACGCAAGAAGUAUUUAGACAAUUUCAUCAACGCCCACUCCUCGAACGUGUCGAUGGCCCUCUCUUACAAAGUGCUUAAAUGA